AUGAUAUCUUGUUCGGAAAAUUUUUUACCGGAAGGAAUAAAUUUAAGUGAAAGUUUAAAAGAUUUAAGAGUUUCCGUACCGCAAGCAAUUAGAAAAGGUGAAACGGCCGUUUUCAUGUGUGAUUUUGAUUUAGAAGGUGAUAAUUUGUAUUCGGUUAAAUGGUAUAAAGGACGAAGAGAAUUUUAUAGAUUUACACCGAAGGAUGAAUUUCCAAUAAAAACUUUUCCCGUCGGAAAAGUUAACGUGGACAAAUCCAAAUCAAACAUGACUCAACUCACAUUACUAAGUGUAGAUCCAUCCCUCUCUGGAGUUUAUAAUUGUGAAGUUUCUGCAGAAUCUCCAUCUUUUCACACGGAAUUAAAAUCUGGAGAAAUGAACGUUGUCGAAAUUCCAUCCCUAACGCCUAUUUUGACGGGAUUAAAAUCAAAAUAUGGAGUCGGUGAAAUCCUUGAAGGAACUUGCAUAUCCGGCGGAUCGAGGCCAGCAGCAAACCUCACGUGGUUUUUAAACGGAGAAAAGGUGCACAGAGAUCAUUUGUGGGUGACAACGACAACAAUUAAAGAUAGCAGACAGCUUUUGGUAUCAAAAUCAAGAUUAAAAUUUAUCGUUAAAACUCAUUCGUUUAAAAGUGGAAAACUCAAAGUGAGAUGUUCAGCAAACAUUCACAACGUUUAUAAUCAAGCCAUUGAAUUAACCAUUGAAGAAGAAAAACCGAGAAUAGGUUCGGAUGCUACACAAGUUGUUAUACUUCCGAGUAAUUUUUUAGAAAAAAAAACGGAUACGGAAAUGAAAAACCGCGACAGCGAAGGUAAAAAAAAAAAAAUAAUAAUAAUCGAUAGUUGUUAUCUUCUGCUUUGUUUAUUUAUUUGUUUGUUUUUUUUUUUUUUUUUUUUAUUUUCCAACUCGAAAAAUAGAAUCAAUAAAAUAAAUUUUUUUUUUUUGUUACUGGAAAGAGUAAAAAGAAUAAAAGAUAAAAUGUUUUUCCAAAGAAAAAAAAAAACUUUUCCAGGCCUUGUUUUUCCAGUUUUUUUUUUUCUUUUUUAUUUUCCCAUCGAAAGCAUAAAAUUUUAG